UGCCAGAGGGACCAUCGACAAACGGAAUCUGUUGCCCAAUUGAGCGAUUCGUGUCUUUUUAAUAGAAUGUACGAGCCCAUUAUUGUUUGGAAUUAAGAUUUACAAAGUUUUCAAAACUGGUGGCAAAUGAAGUGGUUUGUUGCUGCCCUUGCUGUGUGCGCCCUAGUGCCCACUGUCCACAGUGCCUCGGACGCAGUUGCGUGGUGUUAUCAUCUCCCGACUUGCAAUGACACUACCUGGCCAACCAUUGCUACUCAGUUCUGUAAUGGCACUCGACAGUCGCCCAUUAACAUCGUCGAGGCGGACGCUACAGGGGACUCUGCCCUGACCUCAUUCACAUUCACUAACUACGACAGCAUCGAUGGCAUGACCAAGAUCGAAAACACUGGGAAGACAGUCAAAGUCGCCCUAAAGAGUGGUUUGACAGUCUCAGGAGGGAAUUUGCCUGAGGCCUUUGACAGCCUGCAGUUCCACUUGCACUGGGGUAAUGGUGUCGCUAUCCCUGGCUCUGAGCACACUGUGAAUGGCAAACGGUAUCCUAUGGAGUUGCACAUCGUGAACAGCAAGUCAUCCCUCAAUGGGAACACUACUUUGGCUGUUGCAGACUCUCAAGGACUUGCUGCUCUUGGUUUCUUCAUUGAGGAAAUGACAGGGAAUUCAACCAACCAACCUGCAAGCUGGCAGAACUUGACUUCCUACCUGGCCAGAAUUCCUCACCAAGGUGACUCUGUUGCUAUAGCACCUGGCUUUUCUUUGGAUGAUCUUCUGACUGGGGUGAAUCGCACAAGUUAUUACCGGUACCUUGGCUCUUUGACCACACCUAACUGCAAUGAGGCCGUAGUUUGGACCGUGUUCAAGGAUACGAUCAAAGUCAGCAGAGACAUUCUCAACCUUUUUGGCAAAACAGUGCGUGUAGGCAACAGCACUUCCGUUUUGAUGGAGAAUGUCUUCAGAAAUGUCCAGUCCGCACAACCAGUCACCACACAGGUUGCCAGCUCUGCCUCCAAAACCUGCUACUCUUUGGGUCUGAUGGCUCUGGGCCUUGCCCUGCGGGGGAAUUAAAGCCAGAUAAGGAGAAUUUAGCUGCUUCCUUUUUUUUUUUUUUUUUUAAUUAUAUAUGAUUUAUCAGUUUUCUUGACAUGAAGUAUGCACUGAACUAUUUAUCAAUAAAGCCCUCCAUUCAGUCUGCAGGAAGUCUUUCCACAUCCAGCAAACCUGAGCCUUAACGCCACAUGAACUUUGCUGCUUUCCACUGUGGCUUUAAAUAUACAUAACGUUAUCAUGAGGUAGUUAUGAAACAAAUGAAAUGUGACGAUGGCUGCAGCAAUCUUAAUUCAGUAUGCUGUAUUAAUCCUGGGUUAUAAUAAGCUGUAAAGAAUGAUUUGUCCUAAUCAGAUUUUAAACUGUCAUGCAAUUACCUACAUCUAUGCUAACUUUUACUGUUGCUAGAAUUUAGCUUUUCGUUACGUAGUUAGAAAGACUCGGGGACAGCUCAUGUAUGCUUUGAGAGGCAAAAGCUAUAUUCAGAAGGGGAUGCACUUUAAGAAAACAUGCAUGAUGCUCAAAUGAAAAUCUAUGAAAUGAAACUUGAGUGUGAAAAUAUUUAAUAUUGGCAUGAGGGUUAGAAAUCAGUGUCUACUGAAAGUUGUUACAGAUAUGAUUGAUUUUUUUGUGUGUAUUUUUAUUUUCUCUUAUGAUCUGAUUGGUUGUCAUCAGUGCAGAAACUCUUUGCAGAUUAAAUGUUUAACAUAGCCAAAUUCAAACACUCAUUCAAACCGUGCUGCCUCUCUGUCGAUGUAAUGAAGAAUUUACAUGUCAUUCAAAGAACACCAUAAAUUAUUACAAUUACCUGCAUGACAUUGCACCAAUUGCACAUGUAACUGAACUGUGACCUUUGAAAUAUUUCUAUAUUAAAAUGAUUUGGUGUCAAUCUCA